CGCCAUUGGCCCGUCCGGCAUUAUUAAAUAAACCUCCGAACGGAGUGGCGCUCGAACGUCGCGCCGCGGGCACAGCACCGCAUCGCGGCGGGCCCGCGCACCCGCGCAGCGCUCGCGGCCUGCCGCCGCCCGCACGCCAUGGCCGACAUGCCGGACCUGUCGCACCUCACGCCCGAGGAGCGCGCCAUCAUCGAGGGCGUCAUGAUGCGCCAGCGGCAGGAGGAGCAGCGAGAGCACGAGAUCAUGAGGCGUAAACAAGACGAAGUGGCCGUGCUGGAGCAGACCAUCCGCACGAGGAACGAGAUGCAACGCGCGGCCGGCGUGGAGCUGGCCGCCACCUGCCACAUCUGCCUCAAGACCAAGUUCGCCGACGGCGUGGGCCACUCCUGCCACUACUGCCGCGUCAGGUGUUGCGCCCGUUGUGGCGGGAAAGUUACCUUACGCUCUAAUAAGGUAAUUUGGGUAUGUAUAUUAUGUCGCAAAAAACAAGAACUGCUAUCUAAAACCGGACAAUGGAUACACAAAAGCGCCGGACAAGAUGCCAUGUUAUGGCGCAUGGAAUCGGAUCUACACGGACUAGUGUCGCCCGCUGAUUCCACCAUAGACAAGAGACCAAAACUAGAAAGAGCGCACAGCGCCGCGGAGAAAGAGAACCUGCCCCUUCAGCGGUCGGGGAGUGCAUUGAGGCGGCAGUACAGUCAGCAGGAGCCGCGCUGCUACGGGGAGCUGGAGGGGCUGGCGCGCACGCACCCGCACCUGGUGCACCCGCGGCAGAAGGCGGCGUACGGCGUGGAGGAGCCGCCGUCCGUGUCGCAGCUCGCGCCGCACUCGCUCGGGCACCCGCUGCCGCCGCGCUCCUCCUCCUCCGACGACGAGGCCCCCGAGUGCAUCUCUGAUGAGAACGACGAGUAUCGCGAUCGUGGACAACUAGAGGCGUGCGCGACGCUACGGCACCCACACCUGCGCAGCGCCAGCGUUGUAGCGAACAAUUAUUACAAUUUGACUAAUCAUGCUGCAAGCACAUACGAAGCGGAGGCGCGCGGUAUGUUCGAGGCACGGCCCUCGCCCGCCGGUGGACGCAGCUUCGACUCCGUGACGGAUUGCCGCUGGCGCGCCCGCGACGACGGCGAGGGCGCCUACCUGCGUCCGCUCGCGCUCGGCGAGGGCCCGCGCCCAGACCGAGCCGUUUAUAAGAGUGCCUAUCUGUGGGAGGACUCCUCUGACAACAGACGUUUUACCGAAAGGAGAAAAAAAACAGUCCGCUUCGACGGUCACGAGGGCGCUGCGACAUUCCCGAGGGGCGGUCGCGACGCGUCAGGCGCACCCCACGACUGGGCCUCGCUGCGCUGGGAGUCUGAGCGCCAGACCAGCCAGGACUCCGCCACUAAAGACUCGGGCAUCGAUACCUCUAGCACCUUCACCUCCAGCGAAGACUCGAACAGGGGCGACUGCCCUAAGUUCCCGCUGAGCUGGCAGGUGUCGGCCGACGGGUCGCGCAUGGUGGGCCACAUGGUGUUGCGCAAGAGCGUGGUAGAGGGCAGCGGGCACUCGUCCGCGGCCAUCUUGGGCCUGAAGGUGGUAGGGGGCAAGCUGCUCUCGGACGGCACGCGCGGCGCCAUCGUCGAGAAAGUGAAGAAGGGCUCCAUCGCGGACUUGGAGGGCCAACUAAAGACAGGAGACGAGGUGCUGCAAUGGAACGGCGUGCCGCUGCAGAAUCGCAGCGCGGAGGAGGUGGCGGCCGUGGUGGCGGACAGCAAGCACGACUCGCACGUGGAGCUGCUCGUGGCGCGCCCGCUGCCCGCCGCGCGCCCUCCCGCGCCGCAGUGGAGGACACACAAAGCGAGAUUGUUGUACCGUGCAGAAGUGUACACGGAGGUGAUGGGCGGGUGCGAGAACCCCAGCGUGCUGGUGACGUCGCCCGGCUCGCCCGACGUGCACGCGCGCCGCCGCCCGCGUCACCACCAUAGCGCGCACGUCGCCGGCCGGAUACAGUUGAAAGUAUACUUCGACAUCAGCGCACUGCAGCUGGUGUUAACAAUAGUGUCGGCCAGCGGACUGUGCCCUCGGGCGGACGGGACCACGCGCUGCCCUUACGCGAAGAUCUUCCUGCUCCCGGACAAGAGCGAGAAGAGCAAGCGUCGGACCAAAACUCUCGCCAACACUCUGGAACCGAGGUGGAACCAGACCUUCGUUUACUGCGGUAUACGCAUCACCGAUAUAAAGAAACGGAUAUUGGAGAUAACGGUUUGGGAUCUGAACCGAUACGGUCCCAACGAUUUCCUCGGCGAAGCACUCCUAGACUUGGACACGGUCGUGAUGAACAACGAACCCUGCUGGUACCCUUUGAAGCCACAUGAAGAAAACUCGAGUUUUAGCCGAUACCGCGAAGAGGAAGCGGACGGCGAGCACCUGUCGCCGCCGUCGACGUCCACGUCGCGCCUGUCGGACUCCGACACGCCCAGCGAGUGCGACCUGCGCCGCCACCACUCUCUGUCCAGCCUCGCCUCCAGCUCCAGCCCUCCCCCACCACACGAGCGCAUGGAGACGGACGGCGCGCGCUGCAGCCGUCGCGACAUGUCGCCCGCCGGUCGCGUCCGCGCUGCUGGCAUGACCAGAGACAGGAGCGGCGGCUACAGCACGGGGCGGUCGCAGUCGGCGGCGGCGGGCGCGCGGCCGGCGCGCGCGCGCAGCAAAUCGCCGCGGCGCUCGCUGUCACCGCCGGCCGACCGCGACGGCGCGUGGCGCUACACAGGUGGCCCAGGUGUCCCAGUGUGCGAGGAGCGCGAGGCGUCGCGGCUGCCCACGCACGCGUACGCGCCGCGGUUCCAGUCGCGCUCCGCCACCGCCACGCCCACCACCAGCCCCAAGAAACGACAGCUGCCUCAAAUACCCCACCAGAGUGCACAACGAGCGGUCCGCGCGCAGGUGUCGGCGGACCUCGAGGAACGUAAGUGGAUCGCCCCGCACCACAUUGGCGCCACACUCACCUACCGAAGCACGCCACAAGGUUGGGAGCGACACUACGCGGGGCUGUCAGACUCCGAGCUGGCGGCGCGCGGCGGCGGCUGGCCGCGGCGCCGCCUGUCGCCCGACGCCACCGCCGCCGACUCCGACCUCGAGUCCGUCGCCUCCGUCACCUCCAGCGCCUUCAGCACGCAGUCCGAGCGACCCCGUCCUACGCGCAUGCUCAGUAAUGACUACGGAGGGCGCGAGAACGGGCGCAGCGGCACCCAGACGCAGCCGUUAGAGAGAAGAGAGUCGCGUAGAGGCCAAUUCACGCGAAGCCUCAGCAACGCAGACGUACCGCCAGAUGAAAAAGCAGAUUUCCACUAUAACGUAAAACUUUGCGAAGACGGCAGCCUGAGCGACACGGCGCUGGGCGGCGCCAGCGAAAUGGAGCCCAGUAGUGACGACGUGCUGUUGAAAGCGGAGCCCCGAGACUACUUCGGUCCCGGCAUGGGCAAGAAGAGCAACUCCACUUCGCAGCUUUCGGCCACAGGACGAAAACGGAGGUUAGGGUUCGGUAAACGUGGAAAAAAUUCAUUCACGGUACAACGCAGUGAAGAAGUGGUGCCAGGAGAAAUGCGAGGAGGCGCUGCGGGCGUGUCGCGAGCCUCCUCCGCCUCCAGCGAGAACGACGAGGACAGAUGGUCACCCGGCAUGCGAGGGUCGGGCUCGUCGGACGGCGGGGGGCUGUCGGACUUCAUCGACGGCCUAGGGCCCGGACAGCUAGUCGGACGCCAGUUGCUCGGGGCGCCUACGUUGGGUGACGUCCAACUUUCCAUGUGCUACCAAAAAGGCUUCCUUGAGGUGGAGGUGAUUCGCGCCCGUGGUCUCCAAGCCCGGCAGGGCUGCCGCACUCUUCCAGCGCCUUACGUGAAGGUCUACCUCGUCAGCGGCAAGCGCUGCAUCGCCAAGGCGAAGACCAGCACCGCCCGCCGAACCCUCGACCCGUUGUACCAGCAGACGCUCACGUUUCGGGAAAACUUUAAAGGAUGCGUUUUGCAGGUGACCGUUUGGGGCGACUACGGGCGCAUCGAGGGAAAGAAGGUGUUCAUGGGGGUGGCGCAGAUUAUGUUAGACGACCUCAACCUUUCCAAUAUUGUUAUAGGAUGGUACAAGCUCUUCGGGACUGUAUCUUUGUAACGGAGGUUUACCACCGCCGCCUUUAAAAAACCUUUAUCAUCAGAAUAAAAUUAAAUUGUCCAAAUAAUAAAUUUAGUGAUACUGCUUUAAUAUCAUGAUAAAACGCAAAAUAUCUUGAAUAUAGGAAAUUUUCUAUAAAACGAAAGUUAAAAUUAUUUAUAUUAUCAUUUUUCUUGUGAAAUGCCUACCGGAGUUUUGAAUAGAUAGCAUUUUAUAGCAAUGAAACAAAUGUAUAGUGUACUCAAUAAUAUGUAAUUAAGUAUUAAAAUAAAAGCCAAAUUGCAA